CAGGUCGAUGCAUUCUCGUCAGGUUUCUCCAAGCCUCAUGCCGUGAUGCCAGAAACUACGGGCGUCACGUAUUGAAUCCUCGCGAGAACAGUUUGGUAUGGACCGCGGCCACUACAAUUGCCGCGAUUACUACAUCACGCCACAUUUCGCCGCCCCAACCAUCAGCAGUACUAUCGAAGUAACCAACGACGAGACGAGAUCGAUAAUUAGGGAUCGCCCGAGUCACCUAAGCUCAGUUAUCCGCCAUGAAUCCUUUGAUGAACUCGAGCAGCGUUCUCGCUCUCCGGCGAGUCAGCAGCCCAAAUUUCCAUUUCUACGACUCCCCCUGGAGCUGAGACAGCAGGUUUAUAACUAUCUCCUCCCGAGGACUAUUUCCAAGCCGCAAGAUGUCACGGAGGUCCUGAGUCGGAAACUCGGCUCGAUGAGCUUGUCCGAAGCGAGCUUGGACAAAGCCUGUCCGCCACGGAAUGCCACCGGCAUUGGACCAAGAGCCACGGCGAUCACCGCAUACCAUAUCAUCUGGAAGCGAGGAAACGUCAAAUUGUUAUGUGUCAACCGGCAGAUCCACGAUGAAUGUGCAGAUCUGAUUUACGGUGGGAACAACACAUUCCUCCUCAGUGUGACGUAUGCCGGUAUUAUUUUCCGCUACAGUUGGCUACUGCCUUCGGGCUUGACUCCGACGAAGCGUUAUCCAUUCCUGGAAUUGAUGCCCCAACGAUAUCUGACCCGUUUGAAUCGCGUGGUAGUGUGUGUGGAGCACGUCGACGCAUACACUGCGAUGAUCAAAUUCAACGUUGGAGCGCAGGGACUGGUGUACGGAUUGAGAGGUCAGGUGCAGAAGCUGGUUGAUGGCUUACUGUCUCCGCCAUCACCACAUCCAUUGGCGACCAACUCAGAAGAGCAUCCAGCUCCUCCCACUAACAGCGACACAGCAAAGAUUUCGGAUCACGUUGCAACCAGGAUACCGCUCGCCAAGAUGCAUGUCCGCGUCUCGACAGCGAAUUCGAUCGUUGACGAGAUGAAGCGCAAUCGCGCGCUCAACAGUGGCCGCGCUGCAGAGGAGGUCACCUUACCGAUCCAAGGCCUCGCGGAUAUGCUUCAGCCGUUGGAAGGUUUAUCCGGAGUACGGGAUGUGGCUGUCACUGGCGCUGUGCCGGAUAACCUCGCACGACGCCUCGAAGAAACCAUGAAUUCCAAUCGUGAGAUUUAUGAGGUUGGUCAUCCUGGAACGAGUUGUAAAUGUCCGAAAAGACCCUCAGCGAUGGCCGGAGCGGACUUGAGCUACCGAGGAAUUGACGGUGACGGAUUGCGAUUGUUUGCAUAUAUGAAUGAUCUGAUGUGACCUUGUAAUAGCAAGGAUAGAAUGUUAAUUUCCUCUCCAAACACAUUUAGAUUCUCAUCGUCGUCGUCGUCUCCCUCCCUGUCGUUGUUUCUGCUGUUUACCUGAUGCAUGUACUGGCAGGAUUGUCAAAGAGACGAUCGCGAGGAUGGAGAAAGAUCACAACGUGACCACUACAGUGAGAACGAUGAUACUGUCCGGUCCAUCCAUCUUUAUCAUUGUGUGGUAAGAGAGGAGAUUGUUGCAAGUUGGAAGACAUG